AUGUCCAUCUACCAGCUCGCUCGGCUGCUGCCGCUCCCCGAGGACGAGCUCCAGCAGGUCCUCGACUAUGCCUCGACCCUGUCCAAACCCGAAGCAGUGACGCACUUCAACAACCUUCUCGGCGACUCGCCCGCCGUCAUCGAGUUCAUCUCUACAUUCAACGCCCGCCGAAAAGAUCCGGCUUCUUCUGCCGCUGCUGCUCCAACUUCCUCAACAGCCUCAAGCUCCAAACCUCCCGCAAAGGCGCCGUCAAAAGCACAAUCAAAGGAGACACCGACAUCGGGUUCCAAGAAGAAGAAAUCAGCGCUGCAUACCCCAGAAGCUCGGAGGGUUGACGACUACGCUGGCCCGUCGGGAAAGGCAUACAACAAAAAGGACUCUGACCUGGAAUACAUCUCUCAGCGAUCUAGCGCUCCGAGCAGCAACCGCCCAUCAAGACCCGCUUCCCCGACAAGACCAGCCUCUAUCAAGGAGCCCACCGUUACAGCAAAAGCGCAGCCUGCCGCCAAGGUCGAAGAGCCAACGCCGAAGAAAACAAACACUACAGCAGGUGGCUACCUCAUAUCCGACGGCCCAAGCAAGUCAAAGGCCAAGUCUACGCCAGUCUCACGGACAUCGACGCCAAAGCCAGCCAGCAGCGGGAAUGUCACCAAGAUUUCAAUAUCUGGAGGAGUGCCAAUGGCGGGCCAAUCAACGGCGUUGGCCGAUCUGGAUGCGGCCAUUCGGUCUCUGGAGAUUACGACAAACCCAACACUAGACAAGGACGCCAAGUCAAGAAAAUGCAACUGCGUAGCGACCAGACAUCCUCUCCAAGCUGCCGCACCCAACUGUCUCUCUUGUGGCAAGGUAAUCUGCUUGAAGGAGGGCUUGGGCCCGUGUACGUUUUGCGGAACACCACUACUCAGCUCGGACGAGAUCCAGGCCAUGGUCAGGGAGCUCAAGGACGAGCGCGGCAAGGAAAAGAUGGCGGCCAAUGCGGCAGCGCACCGCAAGGCAGACGUGGUCAAGACCCCGGCACCAUUCACACCGCCGCGAGGGCUGGACAACGACGCUCCGUCAUUAGCAGAAGCGGCUGCCAAAGCACGGGAGCAUCGAGACAAGCUGCUCAACUUCCAGGCGCAAAACGCACGGCGUACGACGGUAAGAGAUGAAGCGUCAGACUUUGACGUAUCCAUCGCCAUGAGCGGGACGGGGAACAUGUGGGCAACCCCCGAGGAGCGGGCAAAGGAGCUGAAAAGGCAGCAGAAGAUUCUACGGGAGAUGGAGUGGAACGCCCGACCAGAGUACGAGAAGCGGCAGCAGGUCAUCAGCAUUGACCUUGCUGGGCGCCGCGUGGUGAAGACGGUUGCGCCUAUCCAGCGUCCAGUCACACCAGAGGAGGAGGACGAAGCUGAAGAGCUCAACUCGAGAGCUCUGCAAGAGACGUCUGGCAAUAAGAAUGCCGGCGGCGCUUUCAGCGCGAACCCCUUACUGGGCGCCGCGAUGCGGCCUGUCUAUGAUGCCAAGGGGAAAGGGGCUGAUGCAGAGGGUCGAGCCAGCCGUGCCAAGGGAUGGAGAAGAGUUCAGGAUGACUUGGACAACAACGAGGGUGUCAUUCUAGACGGGGGAGCGCAAGGACUGCAAGCCGUUGGCGGAGACGAGCCCGAGCGUGGGUAG